AUGCUUCCCGCCCCAGAAUCCAAAGGGCAGCCAGUCAUUGACUUCAAUGGAUUUUCCCUCAUUCAGUCUGACGAUGGCGCGUCUAAUGGGACCGGGUUGUGGCUAGGCGCUCAAGUUCUCUCUGCUUUUCUUGGAUCAUCGAAUGCCGUCAAAAAAGGCAUGCAUGUCAUGGAAUUUGGCAGUGGGCUAGGGCUAACUGCUCUGUAUUUGGCGGAAAAAUUUGGCUGCAAAGUCGUCGCGUCUGAUUUGCCUUGGGUCAUCAGUAAAGUUCUCGCUCCCAACAUCUCCAACAAUAUUGAGCGGCUUUCCGGCACUGUCCUUGUCCGAGAGCUUGACUGGACUAUUCCACCUGGAUGCUGGCUCUGGGAUCAUCCCACCAUCAUUGCCUCACCCAACCACACUCCACCCAUUGCGCAACAUCUGACGACGCCCUUUGAUUUGGUGUUGUCAGCGGAUACCAUUUAUCGUGCCGAUCUCAUAACGCCGCUUCUCCGGUCACUUCAUGCUGUCUGUACUCAGUCUUUAGCGCUAUCAAACCGCUCGCCAAUAGUAUUCGUUUGCCUGGAGCGACGGGAUCCUUUACUCACAGACAAGGCUCUGAAAGAAGCGGAGGAUGUGUGGGGUUUUUCUGUUCAUCGUCUGAUUUCGAAGGGGUUGAGAUACACAAGCUUGUCCUAUACCCAAAGAAAGACUCAGAGUGAUGUCACGCUGAUUUGCAUGUCUGCUUUAACCGUCUUGAGAGGAUUUGCUUUGUCUAAUCCAGCAAAACUCCCUGCCUCAGUAGUCUUUUCAUUCAACCAACAGACGCUUUCUAUCUUCGAUGCAUACCCCAAAGCGACAUUUCAUUUCCUCGUUUUGCCCCGUGUUCAAGGGUCGUAUAGCGCAUCCGAACUGUCAGACUUGCGGACCUUGCUGUCUGGAAACAAACAACGUGCCAAAGAGGUAGUAACCACCCUUGAACGCGAUGCAGCCGUCUUGCGGACCGCGAUUGAGUCAGAAAUGAUCAAGCUCUACGGAUUUACCUGGCCAAUACUGACUGGGUUCCAUGCCGUCCCCUCUAUGGCGCACCUUCACCUCCAUGUAAUCUCCAACGAUUUCAUCUCGGAACGACUCAAGGUUAAAAAGCACUACAACUCCUUCCACCCUAGUCUGGGUUUCUUCCUUCCCGUGGACGAUGUAUUGUCUUGGUUUGACGCGGAGCCAUCAUAUUUCACUUCGAUGGCCAAACUCAACGCGAAAGAGUACGAGCCGCUGCUAAAAGAGGACUUGGUGUGCUGGCGAUGCGAUACGACGAUGAAAAACAUGCCAACACUCAAGAUGCACCUCCAAGAAGAGUGGGACAAAGUCGUCAAACGCGAGAAAGCCAAGCUGGAGAAAAAGCAGAAAACGUCCGAAGUUGCGUAG